AUGGGUUCCGGAGGGAGCAUCGACAAGGAAAGCCGGGAUGCUUACAAGCGACACCUCUACUCGGUAGUGGCCAGCCAGGGCCAAUCCGCGCAGGCGGCUUUGGCGGCCCCAUCUGCUGGCUCCUUCUCCGUUACUCUCGCGCUGCUCAGUGGCCAGGAAGUCAAGGUCGCGACCAGCCCAGAUGCCACGGUGGAAGAGGUGAAGUUAUCCGCACCGCAGGACUUCGGCAAGAUCACCUCUCUCCUGAGUGGAGGGCAGGUGCUUGAAAACUUUGGGACGCUGCGGGAAGCAAAGGUGCAGGACGGUGAGAUCCUAACCGCAGUGGUGGGCCGAGCCGUGAAACUCCGCGCCAACAAGAAGACGUCAGACUGGGCCUCGGACUCCUUUGCGCUGUUGCGCAGCGACGGGACGGUGGCCACAUGGGGGGAAUCGAAGGAAGGAGGCAACAGCUCCUACGUCCAGGAUCGUCUGGUGGGCAUCGAGGACGUGGUCGGCUCUCAGGGCGCCUUUGCCGCCCUCCGCAGCGACGGCGAUGUGGUGGUCUGGGGCCACAAGGAUUUCGGGCUGCACGUGGCUGGCGCAAAGGACAAGCUGAAGAACAUAAAGCAGCUGGCGGCCACUUCUCGAGCUUUCGCAGCACUAACCUCCGAGGGCAAGGUGGUGGCCUGGGGUGAUGCAAACUUCGGAGGAGACAGCAGCGGCAUGGAGGAGGAGCUCGUGCAGGUGAAACAGAUCGUCGGCAGCUUGCAUGCCUUUGCAGCCAUCCGGGAAGACGGAAGCGUCGUGGCCUGGGGCAACCCUACUAUGGGGGGCGAUUGCACGUCGGUGAAGGAUCAGCUCAAGAACGUUAGCGAGAUUGCGGCAAGUGACGCCGCCUUCGCAGCUCUCCGUUCAGAUGGCUCUCUCGUCGCAUGGGGAAGCGCCGCGCACGGGGGUGAGCUCAAGGACACGCCGAGCAAUGCCCGUGAGGUGCUCGGCAGCAGCAAGGCCUUCGCUGCACUUCUUGCAGACGGAAAGGUCUUUCCCUGGGGGGAUGAAGAUCGGGGAGGCAAAGCCCACGAUGAGGAAAGCCAGGAGGAGCUCAAGAAGGGCUCCGUCCGUCGGCUCUUCUCUUGCGGCAGAGGCUUCGCUGCCUUGAUGGCGGACGGCACGGUGACAGGCUGGGGCCAGCACCUGGCUGCACAGGGUCAGACCAAAGAUUUACUGCAGGGCGUCUGCUAUGUGGCGGGCUCCUUCGCGGCGUUCGCAGCACUGAAGUCAGAUGGAAGCGUUGUGAGCUGGGGAGAUCGAAAUCAUGGAGCCGGCGGCAGCAGUGCCAGCAUCAAGGAUCUUGCGAACAUCCAGGUGAUCGAGGGCAGCAGCGAGGGCUUCGCAGCCGUUCGCGAAGACGGCAAGGUAGUUUUCUGGGAUCGCAUCGGCCAAGUCGACUGUAAGGUCACAGCGUAG